GAGCACGUGAGGUACACUUGGAGAUACAGAGGAGCACUGGGGUGCACAAGGAGAUGUGGAGAGAUGUGGAGGAGCACAGGAGCUCACCGCAAGCAUCGCCCCCAGCAGUGCAGAAGCUGGGAAGCUACGCGACCAAUCAGGAGACGGCUCUGCUGGUUACGGCUUACUUCAAGGAGAACUAUGGGACCUUUUUAUAUAAUGAACUGUAUUUCUACAACAUAAAGAAGAACAGCUGGAAUAAGAUCGACGUCCCAAACCCGCCGCCGCGACGCUGUGCGCAUCAGAACCUGACCUCACAAAUGGGACAAAUUCCCAAAGACACCCAUAAUCUUGUGGAAAUUCUUCCCAGAAGGGUGGAGGAAGUUCUAGCUGCAAAGGGCGGCAACUCUGUUUUGGUUGAGGAGAGAGGGAAAUGGUGGGGAGCCCAAUCGGAGGAAGGCGGGGGCGAGAUGGAAUGGUUAGGAGACCGGUCAUGGAUGGGGGGAGGCGCCGGAGCUGAACGAGUACAGCGGUCCGUCCGCUGCGACAAUCAUCUGCGCGCUGCUCAGGCUAAUGGGAUUGAUUGGCGGAGCAACGUGUGCGGCGCCGGUUCUCAGGAGACGACGUGCCGACAUAUUGUAUCAAUGGCGAGCUCCCGGCGGGUAGAUGGGGAGCAGUUUUACCACUACAAGGACCUGUGGGUGCUUCACCUGGCCACCAAGACCUGGGAGCAGAUCAAGGCUACGGGGGGCCCCUCUGGGAGAAGUGGACACCGUAUGGUUUACACCAAGAGACAGCUGAUCGUGUUUGGAGGGUUCCAUGAGAGCACGCGGGACUACAUCUACUAUAAUGACCUGUACACGUUUAACCUCGACACCUUUACGUGGGCCAAGAUCUCCCCGUCUGGCACGGGCCCUUCACCGCGAUCCGGAUGCCAAAUGACCACCAGUCAGGAUGGCAACGUGGUCCUCUACGGCGGUUAUUCCAAGCAGAGGGUGAAGAAGGACGUAGAUAAAGGGACCGUCCACACCGACAUGUUCCUACUGAAGAUGGAGGGCGCAGAUAAAUGGACGUGGACCAGGCUGAACCCAUCCGGCGUGAAGCCCAACCCCCGGACGGGUUUCGCCAUGGCGGUCGGCGUCAACAACCGCAGCGUCCUCUUCGGGGGCGUCUUCGACGAGGAAGAGGAGGAAAGCAUCGAAGGGGAUUUCUUUAACGACAUCUACUUCUACGAUCACGCCAAGAACCGCUGGUUCACCGGGCAGAUGAAGGGCCCCAAAUCGGAGCGCAGGAAGAGGCGGCGCGGCGAGAAGAGCGAUGAGACGGAGGCGGCGGGCUGCGACGAGGCCUCUGACGGGACGGUGAUGCCCAUCAAGCAGGUGACCUCCAGCCAGACGGGGCCGCCAAGUGACCAGGACGACAGCGCGGAGGAGGAAGAGGAGGAGGCGGCCGGGCCGCGGGUGGAGCCGUCCCCGCGCUCCAACACCAUGAUCACCGUCAGGCAGGGGCUCCUCUAUGUGUACGGCGGAAUGUUCGAGGUCGGGGACCGCCAGUUCACCCUCAAUGACCUUUACUGCCUCGACCUCCACAAGAUGGAGGACUGGAAAGUGCUGGUGGAAAUGGACCCGAAGACGCAAGAGUGGCUGGAUGAAUCUGAUUCUGACGGUGAAGAGGAGGAGACCGAAGGCGCAGAGGGAGGGGCCGAGGAAGAGGAGGAUGAAGAUGAUGAAAGCGAGGAGGAUAGCGAUGACGGCGACCAUCCGGCAGUGGAACCGAAGGAGAAGUACUCUGAUUACCUGACCCGGACCGAACAGUACUGGAUCCAGCUGGCCCGGACCAACCUGGGGUCCGAUGCCAAAGAGAAGAAAGUGCUGAAAGUGGCGCACGCCAUGGCAAAGACCUUCUACGAGUUCAGGGAUUAGACCCGUCGCAGCUCCGCGGACCGUACCAGAACUUUCCAGAACUUUC